GUUAGCAUGUACUGCACCACGCGCUGCCUGCGGACCGCUUUGAAGGCUGCCGCCAGCAUCCACCGGCACCACCUUCGACAGCAGGCACCGGUCCUGUGUUCUCUCCGACUUCUGAAAACCAGUCCGACCUCCCAAUCAGACGUCAUAGCCACGCCUCCUCUGGAUGGAGCACCCAAACAGUACUCCCCUAAAAUCCAACAGCUGGUCAAUGACAUUGCCAGCCUCACAUUGUUAGAGGUGUCGGACCUUAAUGAGCUCCUAAAAAAAACUCUGAACAUUCAAGAUGUUGGAAUGAUGCCGAUGGGGGCCAUGACAGCAUCUGCUGUCCCCGCAGCUCAGGGCGCAGAGGAGGAUGAGGCACCGGCUAAGAAAGAAAAGACUCACUUCACAGUAAAACUGACAGAGUUAAAAGCGGCUGAAAAAGUGAAGCUUAUAAAGGAAGUGAAGAACUGUAUCCAAGGCUUGAAUCUGGUGCAGGCCAAGAAGCUGGUGGAGUCCCUUCCCCAGGAAAUCCGGGCUAAUGUAUCCAAGGAAGAAGCAGAGAAACUCAAAGCUGCUCUGGAGGCAGCAGGUGGCACUGUGGUGCUGGAGUAAACCCAUGGAACCUCCGGCCCAUUUACUCUGGAGUUUUAUUCUUCAUGCACUUCAUCCAUCUAAAUAUUUGUUUUUUGUUUUUUUAUUCAUAAAAAGAGAAUCUCAAGACAAAUGGAAAUUAAAAACAGCAUUUUUCCAAUGCUCCCAUCUCUUAGCAGGGUCAGGUGGAGUGGUACAACUCGGACUGAACUUUACAGAGAAUCUGCCUCCACAAAUGACCGCUGCACUCCCUGUUAAAGAGCUCAUGCUGUGUUGUUAUUGCGCUACAGAAAUGCUGGCAUGGAUGCCCAGGGAUGGAUGGGUAGCUCUGUGUUGAUGUUAAACUGUUCACAGAGAAAAGUAAGAGUUACAAAUGGGGAGGAACACCAAAAGUACCUUUCUGAGGGGAUGUCGGUGCUGAGGCAGUGAAAUGCUCAAAGUUCAUGAUAAUGUCAUUAAAGUUGAAUUAUUC